AGUAACUUCCUGAGAUUUUUACCAUCAUUCAGAGGUGAAUCUCUUCAGAAUCCAGCAUUGGUCUUGACCAGCUAGGCAGCCACCUUAAGAAUUCAGAACAAUUUGUGCAGGACUACUGGUUUUCUUGUAGAAAUAUGAAGACUUUUGUGUUCCUUUCUUCAGAACGGCAGAAAUAAUGCAUCAGGGAAACCAAACCAUCGUUGCUGAAUUCAUUCUUCUGGGAUUUUUCAACCAGGAUGAGCAUCAAAACCUCCUCUUUGUGCUUUUCCUGGGUAUGUACCUGGUCACUGUGGUUGGGAAUGGGCUCAUCAUUCUGGCUAUCAGCUUGCAUACAUACCUUCACACCCCCAUGUAUUUCUUCCUUGCCAAUCUAUCCUUUGCUGAUAUUUCCUCCAUUUCCAACUCAGUUCCCAAAAUGCUGGUGAAUAUUCAAACCAAGAGUCAAUCCAUCUCUUAUGAGAGCUGCAUCACACAGAUGUACUUUUCUAUUGUGUUUGUCGUCACUGACAAUUUGCUCUUGGGGACCAUGGCCUACGACCGCUUUGUGGCGAUCUGCCACCCUCUGAACUAUACAACUCUCAUGCGUCCCAGGUUCUGCAUUUUGCUCACAGUCAUCUCAUGGCUUCUCAGUAAUCUUAUUGCUCUGACACACACCCUUCUGCUCAUUCAAUUGCUCUUCUGUGACCAUAACACUCUCCCACACUUCUUCUGUGACUUGGCUCCUCUGCUCAAACUGUCCUGUUCAGACACAAUGAUCAAUGAGCUUGUGUUGUUUAUCGUGGGUUUAUCAGUUAUCAUCUUCCCCUUCACACUCAUCUUCUUCUCCUAUGUCUGCAUCAUCAGAGCUGUCCUGAGAAUAUCAUCCACACAGGGAAAGUGGAAAGCCUUCUCCACUUGUGGCUCUCACCUGACAGUUGUAUUACUGUUCUACGGAACCAUUGUAGGCAUAUACUUUUUCCCCUCCUCCACUCACCCUGAGGACACUGAUAAGAUUAGUGCUGUCCUAUUCACUGUGGUGACACCCAUGAUGAACCCCUUCAUCUACAGCUUGAGGAAUAAAGAUAUGAAAGGUGCCCUGAGAAAGCUCAUCAACAGAAAAAUUUCUUCCCUUUGAUGCCCUGGACAUCUACAUUCUUUUAGUCCACAUAAUCAGAUAAAUGAUUCAGCCCAGAGUGUAUUGCACAGUUGUGAUGGUUCAACUUUUGAUGAACUUGCAGAUAUCUGUUUCCUAUUCCAACCUCUAAGGGGGUUGGAGCUUUUCCACUUAGCUCUCGUCUUGGAAAAAAAACCUGUAUCCUCCAUGGUAAGUCACAAGAAUAACACGCAUCCUUAGAGAGUCGAUUGGUGGUUACCAGGGCCCAGGAGUGGGAAGACGGAGUGGAGGUGAUGAGAUGUUGAUUAAUGGGUACAAAAAUACAGUUAGAUAGAAGAAAUAAGACCUAUUGUUGGAUAAAUCAUUAGGGGGUUAUAGUAAA